UUAUAGUUGGUGACAUGAGUUCCGGAAAAACAGCCACAAUGAAAUAUUUCAUACGUAAUCUUGAUCAAAAAUAUUAUAUUAAAAUGGCAUUGAAUUUAUCGGCUAGGACUUCGUCAUUAGAUGUUCAGCAAAAUUUAGAAACAAAUUUGGAAAGGCAUUCUAGAAAAACAUAUGGCCCACCAAUUGGAAAGCGAUUAGUUUAUUUUAUCGAUGAUUUAAAUUUGCCACAAAUGGAUGAAUGUGGUACACAACAACCUAUUGCAUUAUUGAAAAGUAUAUUUGAUAAACAAGGCAUGUAUGAUAGACACAAAUGUUUCAAUUGGAAAGAGCUCGUGGAUAUAUGUUUCUUUGCAGCUAUGAAUCACAUAGGAGGUGGUCGAAAUGAAUUAGAUACACGUUUUUUGUCACUUUGUUCAGUUUUUUUAUUACCUUUUCCAUCUGAUGAUACAAUUCGAUAUAUUUUCAAUUCUAUUUUAUCUGGACAUACAAAAUCCUUUACAGAAAACAUAAAAUCUGCAGUUCAUAAUAUCAUAAAUAUGACAGUACAUUUAUACAAAUUAGUACUUAAAAAACUUCAUCAAACACCAGAAAAAUUCAUUUACGUAUUCAAUUUGUGUCAUAUAAGUUUUAUCAUUAGUGGUAUGACCCGCAUCAUGCCCAACACAUUUACAACUACAGAAUCAUUUGUACGAGUUUGGAGGAACGAGUUCACCAGAGUGAUAUGUGAUAGAUUAAUUUAUCAUCAAGAUCGGAAAAUGAUUGAACGUCACCUUACUCAAGAAUUAGAAACAUAUUUUCCUUCACAAGUGGAAUAUGUUCUUAGAGAUCCUCUUUUGUUCGGUGACUGUAGGAAUGCUAUUAGUUCCAACAAUCAAAUUCGAAUAUAUGAGGACUUAAUAGAUUACGAUUCUGUAUUUUAUUUAUUUCAAGAAAUACUAUUAGAAUAUAAAAAAUAUCAUGGUUUGUUAGACAUGGUACUUUUCAAUGAUGCAUUAGAUCAUUUAAUUAGAAUUCAUCGUAUGCUAAGAAUGGAUAGAGGGCAUGUUUUGCUGAUUGGCUCUAAUGGAAAUGGAAAAAAAUCACUCUCAAAGUUGGCUGCAUUCACAUCUGGCUAUGAAAUAUUUAUAAAUAAUUCAUUUCAUUCAAAACACCAUUUUAAAAUGAACGAACAAAAGUUUAAACAUGAUUUGAAAAAUAUAUUCUUGAAAGUAGGAAUAAAAAAUCAGCCUACUGUUUUCAUAGUGGACAAAGUUGAUGUUAUUGAAGAAGGAAUUUUAGAAUUUAUCAAUAAUAUAUUAACGAACGGGUUUGUGCCUUCAUUAUUCUUAGAUCAAAAAGAGAAUUUAGAAAUGGUCCAGCGUUUUAAAGAUAUAAAUACAAACACAUCGAGUGAAAUCACAACAGAUAUGUUUUUAAAAAAUUGUCUAAACAAUCUACAUAUUGUGUUAUUAAUGUCACCUGGAAACAACCUUAGACUUAUAUUUCGGAAUUACCCCGGAUUCGUGAAUAAAACUUAUGUUAACUGGAUUAAUAAAUGGCCCGUGGAGGCGUUAAAUGCUGUGGUGGAAAAAGUUUUAAUUAAUGAUCAAGUAAUUCCAGAUGUUUACGUCAGUAAUGUAAUAAAACAAAGUGUAUACAUGCAUAAAUCUGCAGAAAAUUAUGCAAAAACAUUUUUUAAUCAUACAACUAGAAAGAUUUGUUUCACAUUGAAACAUUUAGUAGACUGUACUCAAAUGUACAAGAAUUUAGUUAAAAAAAAAUCGAGUCUGUCACUUAUUAAGUCUCAAGAUAUUCAAAGUGGUUUAGAAAAAAUCGAAGAAAGUACUUCAGAACUUGGCAGGAUACAUGAUACAUUACUUGAGCAAGAUUUGUCAAUUAUACAGAAAAACGAAAUGUGUCAACAACUUACAAAACAAAUUAGUGACACUCGUGUACUUAUAGAAGAAAUAAUAUCUAUUGUGAAUAAUAGUACAGAAAAAUUAAAUUUGAAAAAAGAACAAAUUAUAAACACAAAAAAACAAAUGGAAGAGUUAGUCGAUAAAACAUUACCUAUUUUAAGUACUACUAGAACUUUGUUGAAUGAAAUUAGUUCAGACGAUUUAACAGAAUUAAAAUCUCUGGACACACCAUCUGAAUCAGUUAUGACUUUACUUGAAUGUGUAGCUAUUUUAAGAGGCAUUAAAGAUAUGAAUACAUGGAAAAGCUUAAGUGAUAUGAUCGAAGAACCAAAUUUUCUAAAUAAUUUACAAGAAUUGGAUGCAAAUAAAAUUAAUCAAAGACAUCAAACUCAAGUACGAACAAAAUUAAAAUUUUUGAAAAAAACAAUUGAUAUUCAAUCUAUUAGCAAAGUGGAAUGUAGCAUAUUAAAUUUUAUUGAGUCUAUUUUAAAAUACUGUCAUAUUUAUCAAGACAUUAUACCUUUAAAAAAUAAGAUAAAUAAAUUUGAUAAAGACUAUCUUAAUGAUACUUUAAAACUAAAAGAACAUGAAGAUAGUUUAAAAAAUACUCGAUGCACUUUAUCAAAUUUAGAAAAAUCAUUAGAUGAUUUAUCUAAGGAAAAUAUUAAACUAAAAGAAGAUAAUUGUUAAUUGAAAAUUAAAUUUGAAUAUGCUGACAAGGUUAUAGAAGGAUUAAAAUCUGUACACGAAAGAUGGAUUAUAGAUUUAGAAAAUCAAACCAUAAUACAAAAUCAAAUAAUCGGUAAUUGUUUACUGAAUGCUUCAUUUUUAGUCUAUGCUGGUCCAUUUUCA